AUGUUUGUGGUGCUCACAGCAUUGAUUUCCAUCUCAGGAAAUGUUGCUUCCCAAGGUCUAGAAAUUCCUCUACCGGAGGGAAUAGAAAAAGUGUUUAAGACUCUGAACGGACAGUACAACGAAGAUCUGCUAUGGAGUAACGGUUGGGCAAACAAAGCGUUGGAGUGGUUGAAUUCGAAAGGAAACGUGACGGCUGACGUGAUCGUCAUGGGAAAAGAGUACUUCCCGAAAGGGGAUAAUAGAUCGCUGGAAGAGAAACUGCUUGCAAUCCUCAAACCCCGUUUCGAGAAUGAAUAUUUCUUUUCGAUCGCCAAUCUUCCAGCAUAUUCUGUAUAUGGAUGCAACUUCAUUGCCAAUCCGAAAGGAAAUGAAGAUUAUAUUCGUGCUGUAUGUCUGUACUUGAAGCUGCCUUUGAUAGUGACUCACAAUGUACCACAAGGCUCAGAGGCCCCCUUACCGAAAGAAUUGGAAGUGACGUUCAAGAGUAUCAACUCAAAGUACAGCAACAAAACGGAAUGGAGCGAUGAUUGGGCGAAGAAAGCACUGGAAUGGCUGAAGUCACCUGGAAGUGUAGAGGCUGACGUGACUAUCAAAGGGAAGGGGUACUUCCCAAUAGCGGGUUACGGACACCUGUGGCAGAAAGUGUAUUGGAUUCUCGUUCCCCGUUUUGAUAAGAAAAAGAAAAUAAUCGAGCAUCUACCUGAGGGCACAGUGUACGGAUGCAAUGGCUUCAUGAACACAAAGGGAAAGAAGAAAGAUUUCAUCUACACUGCCUGUCUCUAUAAGAGACCAUGA